UGAGCUCGACUCACACCGUGAUGGCUCACUCACUCACCCUCCUUCCUUCCUCGUCUCCAUGUAGUUAGUUAGUUAGUGUCAAGGAACUAUUCAAUUCAUGGCUCCCGAGUAUUAGUAAUUAGGAUCCACCUCGUUCGUUCUGAAUUCAUUUCGAUAUAUAAAUAAGCGCAGUUGUAGUUGUAUUGUGCCGGAGCUUCGUUUCUGUCCGGGAAACAGAGUUGGAGCAGAGCCCUGGCGGCUUUCUCGCACUUCGAGCAAUCUUCUCAUCUCCGGAAUCUCACUCGUCCCGCCGAGUCAGAUUGCGAUGGCGAUGCUUGAAGAAGACAUAGAUUGGGAUAACUGUCGGUGGAUCGGCGCGGCCGUUUCCAGUCAUGCUGACGAUAACUUCGUAAUGGUCGCUCGAGCGGAUGCGGUGCGGUACCAGACUAUGAGGUUGCGGCGAGAAUUUGAAGUGAAGUCACAGAUUCACCGUGCGACGCUCUAUGUCUGCGGGUUGGGACAGUAUGAAGCCACAAUCGAUGGUAGCAAAGUCGGUGAGGAUUUGUUUACUCCCGGGUGGACGAAUUACAGGAAGACAUGUCUUUACGAUACCUACGAUGUGACGAUGCAGCUGCAGCGCACCGGGCGUCACGCAUUAGGAAUACUUCUUGGCAAUGGGAUGUAUCACAUUGAGGAUCCCGGCGGCCGAUACACCAAAUUUUUAAACAGUUUCGGUCCGUUGAAAGCCAUAGCGCAACUGCAUCUUGAGUAUGCCACAGGUCCGACGGUGAUUGUGAGUACUAAUGGAAGCUGGCGGAUCAGUCCCGGUCCGAUCACGUUCUCCCAUAUGUUCGCUGGUGAAGACUAUGACGCGCGCCUGGAGGCCAGGGGCUGGGACUCGCCGGGAUUCAACGACGAGAAAUGGGAUUAUGCCGCAGUGUUAGACGGUCCGGGGGGGAAGCUGCGAGGAACGAGUGUUGCGGCUCCUCCAAUUCGCGCCAUUGAGGUCUGGAAUGUGGCGAAGCCUUCGAAGGAGCUGAAGGAGGGCGUCGCCGUCUAUGAUUUGGGUCAAAAUGCUACCAUGAUGCCGCUAAUCAAAGUUAGUGGUGCUGCGGGUUCGAAAGUGCGCAUCAUUCCGGCGGAAUUAAUCAAUGACGACGGCUCGGUAAAUCGCAUUUCCUGUGGCGGAGGGAUGGCCUACUGGGAAUACACUUUGGCCGGGAACGACAGUUCCAGAAUGAGCGAGACCUACUUUCCAAAGUUCUGGUACCACGCCUCCCGAUACUUACAGGUUGAGCGCAUUGGCUCGGCGGAAGGGCAGCCGCUACCGAUUGUGGAGUCGCUGCAAAAUGUGAUUGUGCACUCUAUUUCGCCUCCCGUUGGCCAAUUCUCCUGUUCCAAUGACUUGUUCAACAAAAUCUACACUUUGAUCCGCUGGGCGCAAAGGAGCAACAUGUGGUGCUACAUGACCGAUUGCCCGCAUCGCGAGCGGCUUGGCUGGCUCGAGCAGACGCACCUCAACGGCCCUGCCCUGCGAUACAAUUUCCGUCUUGACAAACUCUUCACGAAAACAAUGCACGACAUGUCCGAUACGCAAUCUGAAGACGGAAUGCUAACUACGACCGCUCCGGAGUAUAUGAUCUUCGAUGGUUGGUAUAGCGAGUACCGCAACUCGCCGGAAUGGAGCAGCGCGUUCCUGAUCAUCGCAUGGCAACAGUACGAAUUCUCAGGGGACCUUGAACCUCUUCGUCUGUACUUCGACAACAUGGUGCGGUAUGUGGGAUAUCUUACCAGCCGUGCGGUAGAUCUUAUCGUCAGCUUUGGAUUGAGUGAUUGGUACGACAUUGGGCCCGGCGAUCCAGGCCCUUCAAAAUUGACACCGAAGGGAGUGACAGGAACCGCAUUCUACUACCAGGACAGUCUCAUCCUCGCGAAGGCGGCCAAGUUGCUGGGCCGCAACGAGGACAUUGCAAAAUUUGAGGAACAGGCGGAGCGAAUUCGAGCCGCCUUCAAUGCAAAGUACUUCAACGCAGAUACGAAUCAGUAUGCCACGGGCUCACAGUGCGCGAACGCCAUAGCGCUUGUGAUGGGACUAGUCGAUCCAUCUAACGAAUCGGCCGUUCUAGAGAACAUCGUUGCGGAUGUCGAGGCGAAAGGACUAACCGCAGGAGACGUCGGGUUUCGCUAUCUGCUGCGUGCUCUGGCGGGCGGCAACCGCUCCGAUGUGAUCUUCAAGAUGGUGAACCAGUCAGACAAGCCCGGCUAUGGCAUGCAGCUUGCAAAGGGUGCGACGGCGCUCACGGAAGCCUGGGACGCCAACCCUCGGUCAUCCCAUAACCAUUUCAUGCUUGGGCAGAUCACGGAGUGGUUUUUCCACGACCUCGCGGGGAUUCAGAGCGAUCCGGAAGUGCCCGGAUUUGGCAAGGUUGUGAUUAAGCCGACCUUCGUCGGCGAUCUGACAUGGCUCAAAGCAAGCUAUGACUCGGUCCACGGGAGAGUUGUAAGCGAAUGGAGCCGAUCCAACGAUGGCGAGGUCACUCUUACGGCUACUAUUCCAGCUACAACUACAGGGAGAGUGAUGAUUCCCACCUCGGCUUCUAGCCCUGCAGAGCUGCCUGCUUCAAAUUGUCGUGAAGGUUGCAUGCUCCUCAAAUUUGAUGGUAGUUUUGCGGUUUAUGAAAUCAUUAAACCUGGCACUUACACUUUCAUUGCGCCAUACAAUGCAUAAGCUUGCCAUAAAACCUUGCGGGAUGCAGUUAAAUGGAUUGAAGUGCCGUAAGUUUAACAUGGCCAGUGGCUGCUUCAAUGAGAGUUUCGUCAUACAGACUGGGGCGGGCACACAUUGGUGGCAAGUUUCUAGGUCAACUCCGAACAACUCUUACGGUUAGUGCUACGUUCGGAGGCCUUGAAUUGGAUUUGAACCAUGCUUACAACUCCUAUGACUAGAGAUGCUGUGUGAUAAGAAGCUGCAAGAAACGCAAAUUUCAAGAAUCAGGUUUGUUUCGGUCCCUGCCUGCUUGGGGGCCAGCCUUCACCAUUUGCAACAAUCUAGGCUCGUGAACAAGUACGAGCGAAACAGAUGGAAAUCGCAUAGGGUCUUGUGAUGAGAAGUCAUGGUUUCGCCCACAGGAUGACUAACUCACGAUUUGUGAUGGAUUAGGACGAGAAGUUUAGAGUAAUGCGGAGAAAAGAUCCGGGGAAAUUAACUCCAUGAAAAGCUGGCACGACGUUGGCAACUCAUGAGGCGCAAGUGCAAAUACUGAAAUAAAAAUUAUUCAAAGAGAGGAAUUUCUUAGACUUGGAACCUCUCUACAGAUCACGGCAGCUGGUAGCUAUUUACGUAAGGCUGAUCAGGGUUUAGGGUUUAAAUCAUCUAUUUAAACUCCAGACAUGUUUGCCGACUCCAGAUGUUGGCAAAUGAAAUUCGAAUCUCAGUAGGUAACAAGAAUGUUGCAGACUUGUCAAAAGCAUCUUGCAUUAAUCAAAUGAGGAUUAUUGUCUACGUUCCGUUCAAGAA